UUCCAGAAGAUCUUGGUUGUUUAUUUUAAUUUUUAUAUCAAAUUUGAGAUUAAUACAAAAGGUCUGUUUAAUUAGAAAAAGAAGGACUCCAGCGUAAACACCAAAUUUAAUGCACAACCCAUUAAAUCUCACUUUCAUCAGGUUUGGUAAAUAAAAUGAAUUUGGUAUUUUUUUAAGCGUUGAUCAAACACUCUAAAUGUCAUUUGGGUGCACAGUUCUAUUAGAUAUUUCCACAGAUUGUGGUGCCGCUGCGAGCCCUGAUCUGUCUGUCCAUAUUGGUUUUAAAGUCUCUUAGCAGUUAAUAAAGAUGCAAUUCCUUCGUCCCCCUUCCUGUGGGGACGGUAUCAAGGCUCUGUUAAGUCUCUUUGAUUUCCUGCCCCCUCCAAUCACAGCGGGGCUCUGACUCAUCAUUGUGGCACUUCAAAGCCUGGGAAUGGCUCUCUUGACCCAACCCACUCCAAGGCUCUCCUUAAAAGUCAUGGUCACCCCUCCCAGCAGGACUCAUGAUCUCUGAAAUAUCUGCUGCAAGGAGGCAGACUGACCUGCGGAUUCCCUGAGCUGCUGGAUUUCUCUUUUUAUUUUUUCCCCUGGAAGGAUAUCACGUUUACUUGGAUUGCUUAUUAGCCCUGAGUGCAUGAAGCUCUUUUAAGCUCCCUGCGCCCCUGCUGAACCUGAACAAUAAACAAUGCAGUCCAGAGGUGAGUGAGGACUAAAAACUACUGGGCUUCUCAAUUUGUAAACUCUUUUUUUCCCCCCAAACAAUUUGGUCUUCAGUUGUUUUGUCUGACCUGAGCGUUCUUUUUUUCUUAUUACAUUCAGUGAAACACGUGGCUGUGAUGUAAUGAUUCUUAUUCUCUUUUAGAUUUAAAAGCAAACUUCAGCGUCCCUCCGUCCUCCUCCAUGGCUGCUGUCCCCGAUGCCUAUGUCCAGGGCAACAUUAGGCUGACUCUGGAGGACCCUGAACUCUGGAAGACCUUUUGUGAAAUAGGAACAGAGAUGAUUAUCACUAAACCGGGCAGGAGGAUGUUUCCACACUGUAAGAUUAAUCUAUCGGGCCUCAUUCCAUGCGCCAAGUACAUCUUAUUGGUGGACAUGGUCCCUGAGGAUGGUUUCAGAUACAAGUGGAAUAAAGAGAAAUGGGAGGUGGCAGGGAAAGCGGAGCCACAGCCUCCCUGCAGGACCUACCUCCACCCGGAGUCUCCGGCCCCAGGGAGCCACUGGAUGAAGCAGUCCAUCUCCUUCCUCAAGCUCAAGCUGACCAACAACACCCUGGACCAGCAUGGCCAUAUCAUCUUGCACUCCAUGCACCGCUACCACCCGCGCUUCCACAUCGUGCAGGCGGACGACCUGUUCAGCGUCCGCUGGAGCGUUUUCCAGACCUUCACCUUCCCCGAGACCUCCUUCACGGCGGUCACAGCGUACCAGAACACCAAGAUUACAAAGCUAAAGAUCGAUCACAACCCAUUUGCAAAAGGCUUCCGGGAUGAAGGCACUACAAAGAAAAGGCGUUCAAACAAGAACCCAAACUGCCCGGAGAAACGAUCCAAGAUGUCAGACAUUUUGAACAGAGACUCUGAGGAGGACAGUCCACCAGGUACACUUUCAGACUCGGAAUCUUCCUGCUGCCGAUGCUUGCCACUUGUGUCCUGUACUCCAAAACUUGACCUAACCGAACCUAACCGGCUCCUCUCAGAUUUCUGCCGCUCAUCGUAUGAGGGCUACGACGGCGAGGGGGGAGAUCUGCCCAAAAGGAAAGAGGUCGAUGGCGUCAAAGAGCAGCGCUACUCCCCGUGGGCGGCUGACAGGGAGCCCAGCGUGAGGACCGAGUCCCCCGCUGGGACGGACCCCAGGGACAUGUACAACACAGAGCAGCUCGUUCCCGCCCCGGCUGCCUACCAGCCGUACAGGUUCCACGAGUACGGAAAGUCUCCCUCUCCCUCCUCCAGCGUGGGCAGCAGCAGCAGCAGCGGCGGGACGGGACGGGGCAGCUUCGAGUCCAGAGUCCCCGAUGUCGCCACCGUUCCCGACCACGACCCCUCGAAGCCUCGGGCGCACGAGGUGGGCCCGCAGCCCCUCCCCGGCCCCCAGGACUACAGCGGGGUCCUCAACAUGUCCAUGGGCCAGGCCGGCAAGCCGGGGGUGAUCAGCCACCACAUCUACAGCCCGUACGGCGCCGAGCAGCCCCUGGGACAGUGGGGCGGGCCCGGCCCGGCCCAGUACCCCCCACCUCCUCAUCACCUGGCCACCGACUACGCCACACAGGCGGUGCACCACGGCUAUCACCACGGCAACGUGGCCGAGUGGAGCCAGUACCCGCUGUUCUCUUACUCGUGCUGGUGAAGGGGGCCUUCGAUUGGCACACUGACUGAGAGGGUGACUUUGACUGGUGCCGCAGACCCAGUUCUCUCACAGCCGAGAGGCUGCAUGCGGAGACGCGGCCGAGGGCCGCGAGGCCGGCGCCAGCAAAACGGAGGGGACGGAGGGGUGAGAAGAGGGAGAAGGACACUGGCCUGUAGCUGCCUUCUGCUCCACAGACUGAGGACUCGGACGCCAGUUAUGCCGACUGUUGGCCGGGGUGUGCUACGCCGUUCUGCAUUGUUGUUUGGAUUGUUAAACUGUCUAUUUAUUUUGUAUUUCAUCUCAUCUCCAAGUUUAAAUAUUAUUUUUGUAAAAGAAACAUAAAGUGUGCAAUGUCUGUCUGUAAUCCAAAUGUGAUGUGAUCUGAAAAUAAAACCUUUAAAGUGAGCCGAUUUAAUGCGUUUGUGUGAGAAUCUAUUAUCCAAACAAAGAAACAUGCAUCGUUUAAGAAGACACCGAGUUUACAUUUCAUGCCAGAAAUUGAUGCCACCGUAAUAACAAAACAGACUGAUGAAUACUACUUCCUAACUCUUAAGGCUCACAGUAUUCAUCUUGUGACCAUAAGUUAUCAUCACAAACCCUCUGGUUACGAACUAAGCCCGGGCCUCCACAAUUUCCACCGGUUGAACUGAUCUCCUGUUUGUAAUUUUUCUUCUCAUCUCACAACAACUGGUGUGUUGUAAAGCUGUCUCUGUUUGCGGGUGCAAAUCUGCCUACUUGCCCCCCCGGCUCUGAUAAGCCUCACGUGUUCUGGUGGCAUUUGUUUGUAUUUCCUCUUUGUUGAUCUAACGAGGGCCCCUCUGUAGUUUCAACAGGCCCAGCAUGCAUUAAAGACAUUGCGUUACUGUGACUCCGGGUCACCUGCUGAGGUUUACCCACCGGCAUCAUAAAGCAUUGCACGACUCCCGUUCUGCAUCUCAAUGGGCCUUAAAAAGCAUGAAAAUGGGGGGCAGUUUGGUUCCCUUUCACAGCUGAAAAACAC